GGCAGUGUUCUUCUAAACCGGUCAAGGGCCUUCAUCUUCAGAGAUCCUGUAUAUUCUCUCCAUCAUCCUGACUUGCUCUCAGCGCUGCAUAUUUUCUCUUGGGCUCUGUAUUGGACACAUGAGCGUCAUGGGACCAUGCUGCGAAGACUUAUAGGGCAAACUGAUUUCUGCCUUAUUUUGACUCUUCUUCCACUCUUGCAAGGCUCAAAGGUUCUGGACCCUGGGGAAGACACAGUGUACAAGGAAGCCAAGAAUAAUGGUUUGGAGAUCCUGGACCCAGGGGAGGUGGUGUACAGGGAGACCAGGACCAACGGCGUGGUGGAAAAGGGAGUAAUCCUCGAGUGUGGCUCCGUGCUCCCAGAUGUCUACAUCUGGGGCUUCACCAAGCCAGGGACCGCAACCAUCCGUGCAGUGGCCUACAACUUUGGCAAAGGCCCCAAGCUGCAGAAACUAGCCAAAACGCUGGGAGAACUGAGUAUCAUUCAGAGGAGUGCCUCCAUAUCCAUUGCCAAGCUGCCCCUUGCGGCACAAGGACUUUACACUUGUCAGGCUCUGUACGACACUGCCCAAGGAGCCAAACUCUACUAUUAUUACAUUCACCUGCGGGUAUUAGUGCCAGUGACAAGGCCAUACAUUGUCCUGAGUGACUCCUCUCCGUCAGAAGGCAGAUCCAUGUGGAUGCGCUGCGGCCUGGAGAAUGGCACCGGACCCGUUAACUACAUCUGGGAGCACACCACGCUCUACAACACCACCCGUAUCAUGGCACAGGGCAACAACAGCCUGGUCAACGUCACCUUGGUUAGCCGCAACCACACUGGGUGGUACAGGUGUCUGGCACGCAAUGAGGUGAACCAGGCCCAGAGUGAGCGCACCUGGCUUGAUAUUAUCUUCGGCCCCGAUGUGCCCAGCAUCGAUGUCACCCCGUACUCCGUCACGGAACGAGGCUACUCGGCUCUAGAGAGGGAGACGGUCUCCCUCCUGUGUCAAGCCUCCUCCAACCCUCCCAGCCAGUACAUCUGGUUCUACAACAACUCCCAGGUCUACAUGGGCCCCACCUUCACCAUCACCAGGAUCCUGCGGAUGCACACGGGUCACUACGCUUGCCUGGCCCAGAACUCUUACCUCAACACGCGCUCCAAGAAGACCAUCACCCUCACGGUCUACUAUCCCCCAGAUGGGUCUCCAUCAUGUACAGUUCGUCCUACCAACAACUACACAGAUCUGACCCUCUGGUGCUCAUGGGAAGGGGGGUACCCUCACGCCUCUCUACACUGGAGCCCGGUCCUGCCAGGGGCAAAUGGGCAGGGCUACGCUAACGCCACUCUCACCCAGAGAGGCCCGGGCACGGCCAACAACUCUGUGUUUGAGUGUCAUGGCUCCCAUGUUGCCCUGAAUGAAUCAACAAGCUGCAGCACCAGGACAUGGCAUCCUGCAGGAGAACCACAGUGUUACGCCUACGCCACCCGCAACAACGAGUACCUGAUGUUCUCAUGCUCUUGGGAAGGAGGUUUUCCCAGAGCGUUGCUAUGGUGGGCCUCCAGCACCGGAGCGAUCCAUGGAAAAUCGGAGGAGAACUCCAACAUUCUGAUCCUGCGCUCCAGCGCCACCUACAGCGGCAAGUCGUUUGUGUGUCACGCGCAGCAUCCGCUGUUCUCCGAGAGGAAGCAGUGUGUCCUGAAGCUAGAGGCUCCAGUACUGGUAACCCAGCGCAGCAUGGUCUCUGUGUAUGAGGGGAGUGACGUGCAGCUCACCUGCAUACUGAAGGCAAACUAUCCAGCCACCGAGAUCACCUGGUACAACAACCUGAAGCAGCACGUCGUAGAAACCCCCUCCAAGUACGUCCUGCAGCGUGCAGCGGCCUGGUCCAACCUCACGGUGAGGGAGACCGAUGGCCUGAGAGACAGUGGACAGUACUGGUGCUCAGCUACCAACGCAGUGGGGGGGGCAGAGAUUCCCAUUCACCUGCUGGUCAAGAGAUACCCAAUGCCACCCAACGUCACCAUCAACAAGAUUGUCUAUAGCACCCAUCAGCAGACGGAGGUUGACAUAGACUGGCUGAUAAGGACAGGAGGAGACAUCACUGGCUUCAUCAUCGAGCGCCGUCGGGUCCCAACGACCGAGGGAAAGAGAGACGCCGAUCCCCCCUGGCAAAAAGUGGCAGUUAACCUAGAUCCCAGCAUCCGCACCUAUAAGAUGGGAGGCUUCGAUCCGGCUGGCCUUUAUGCAGUCCGAAUCAUGGCUGUCAAUCAUCGCACUGUUGGACAUCCAUCAGAGGCAAAGAGCCCAGCUAUGCCACCUUUCAAUGCGUACCCUGCUGUGAUUGGUGCAGCCAUCGGAGGCAUGAUUAUAGCUGCGCUGAUAACAGUUCUACUCUUCAUGUACAUUGUGAGGAAUCGUAACAACAACCCACGCCUACAUGACAUGAUAUUUGGCAUUCGAAACAGUCAGUCAAGGGAAAAUAUCAACUAUCCCGAGGAUGAGUCUGUUGGUGGAGCAGAGGGGGAUGUGAGCAGAGAAGAACAUGGCAGAGAAGAACAUGGCAGUCCAGGACCAGCCAUGACGAGCCCAAGAGCCACUGUCUCCCCACCAGACCUGCCACCGCGAGACGACAACGAGCCUGUCGCUGUAACAAUUACUGUCAUGGCGACCAGUUAACAACAUGAUCAACGCUGGAGUAGGAAAUAAAACCAGCUAGCCAAUUUCAGAAAGUGUUACUGCAAGGAGUAUUAAUCCUUCUUUAUUGGACUGAGAACUUACAACACUGUCAUAUUCAGUACAUACAAAGAUUUGAUCACCUAUUCUAUAUUGACCAUUAAAUAUUGUCAUCAACCAUAUACUAGAUCUCCAUAUCAGUUUGUGUUGUAAAGUCUAUUUUGUGUUUUAGACGUUGUGACUUCAUGUAUGAAUGUAUUGAAUUUAUUUCUGUAUAAAACUUUUGUAGUUCUUAUAAUUUUCUUAACUACAGAUUUGAUCCUCCAGAGUUACUGAUUUCAGAACUCUUUUGUUAUUACUUAUAACGUAUAAUUCACUACUGCAUCAUGUACUAUUCAGUUUGAUGUAAAGUCUGACAUUUUUUACACAUUGUUUGUAUUAUGACAGCUCUAAGAAUUUGUUACUGAAGAAACUGUGGUUAUAGCCUCAACUGUAUGUAGCCUAUUAGUGAGUUUGAUGAAGAUGGUGACCUUGAGUGUGUAAGACAAAGCAAGUUGGUGUGUUACAAUGUUGUAUUGUUGUUAUUCCACUGAUUUGAUAUACUAAGGUGAACAACAUGUAUAUACUGUGCA